CACAUCAUCCUUAUGCCGCACGCGCUGCAGCACUCCUUCUUCCCCACGGCCAAGGAGCUCUCAAGUGGUGUGCAGUGGUUCAAGGACCAUCCGGUGCUGGCUGCUGCCGCUGCCACUGCUGUGUCCGUCAUCACAUAUCUGAACGCACUGGAGCUGGCCGAGGCGGAGGUGGAGCAUGUAAAUGACGCUCCCGAUACAGCAGACACUGCUGCUUCCACUCGACAAAGGAGACCGCUGCCUAUUCGCCGCAAAGGCUCGCCGUCUCUGUCCCGCAAAUGCUCGUCCGGAGCGGCUAGUGACGGCAAAUUGUCGGCCGCCGUGAGCUGGUGCGACGAGCACGGCGGCAGUCUGACGCAAGUAUUUGAGGACGAUUCACCUCCGCGUAGUAGGCGAGAUAGACGGAUGGAGGAAAGUGACAGUGACGACGAAACGCGUGACGAUGUGGCCGAGAGCUGCGAGGACGCCUUCCAACAGCACAGAGCGCUUACGGGCGGAUUGCGCAAGAGCGUAACGCAGCAACAGCUGGACGCGACAGUGGGGGCGGCAGCUGUGAACGAAUCGGACGCGGACACUCAGCAGACGGAGAGUCCACAGUGGGGCUGGUACGUCCCCAUUACGCCGCCGCAGGACCAGUUCCAGGCGACGUCAGAACGCGACUUGGCGGUAGUGGCGUCUUGUUCGGCACAGAUGACCGUCAAGACCAUGCGACGCACCACUUCAGGGCAGAUCCAAUAG